AUGCGAUUUGGUUCCCGCUUGUGGGUCAUUGCAGCGAACUGGGCAGCCAGCUACAAAUCAUGCAUCUCAACUGACCCCUUGGAUGUCUCCGUUGGACUUUUCGAUGAGCGGAACCCGACUUCUUUCCGCGAUCUGCUUGCUGGUGGGGGCAGUCGCGCGAUUUCUCCCUCCCCUCCGCCGUCCUCCAGUGCCUCUCACCACCCUCCCUCCUGCCAAAACCAGCACUCACCAGAGCCAGAAGAAAAUUUUGAAAGCUCUGCGGCAUCGAAUCACCCGGGGGGACAUCAAAACAAUCAUCUGAAUGAUCAUUUACACAGCCAAGAAAGCCAAGGACUUCUGAUCCCUUUCCAUUUGGACAACGAUGCACCCGCUGCUGCCAGCUCGAACUUUCACCUACCCGGCGCAACGGCCGAAGGUCGACCGGAACUCUGUGUUUCAGACAACCACGAAUCAAACGAUUUCUCAGGCCUGUCAGUUGAAGGGAAGAGGAAGAGAAAGAGCGAUCAAUUAUCCGCUGUUGUAGCUGAAGAAUUCAAAGACUUCGACGUAAAUGAUCUGUCAUUCUUACUUUCCCUGUUCCAAGACAGCCAAGAAAGCCAAAAACGUCGGAAUCCUUUUUCUCUCGAUGCCAACGUCGACGAUGCAGCCGCCGGUGCUCUCUCGAGUUCUCACAUUGAGCAACCCGGCGCAACAGCUGAAAAUCCACUGGACCUCUCCGGUGCGGACAACCUCGAUUCACGCGUAUUAUCAGUCCUAUCAACUCGGGGAAAGAGGAAGAGAAAAAUAAAUAGAUCAUCACGGGAAGCUGAAAAAUCCAAAGAACUUCGACCAAAUCAAGCUCUGAAAGACUUACAUUCCUUCGGGGGUACAAUUCUAGAGCCAUCGGCGACCAAUAGUUACAUCCAUGACGACGUGCAGGAGACGCCGAGAGUCUCGAGGGAUGCGCAUUCGGAUCUAGAUCCACAUCUGCAAAGGUUGGAUAAUGAAACUCCUCCCAGCGACGCCUACGACCACUCAAGUCAACCAAUCGAGGGCCCGACAAAGGAGCAAAAUGAGCAUGCCGAUGAAUCCCAAAUGCAUCCAGAAGAUCAUAAUUCCUUCGACUCCGAGAUUCGAGUGCACAAGUCUUUGAGAACCGACAGAGAAUCUCCCGGCAAGCCGAUUACAUUGAUCCGAGCAAGACCAGCUCCUCCGACCGAACCUGAUCUACCCCUCUAUCCAACUUCGCAAAUGGAUCUACUGAGCAGAACUGCAGAGACAAGAAGGUUCUACUAUGCGAGUGGCUCAGCAGCGGUCCGACCCGACUUGCAGUCUGCAAAGUCAGAAAGAUUACGCCAGCAUCCGUCAUUCGGACUUUGUCAUGAUGAAUUAAUUAAACAAUCGUACAAGCAUUUUGAUUUGUUAACCCAAGUCGUGACCUACACAAAUAAUCCCAACGUUCCACGUCACCCAAUCUCGUUGCCAGCCCGACGUGGUAGAGGUCCCAACAUACCAAAACCACGAAAAGCAGCGUUCAAACUUUCAAUCAAACCUUUGCGCUCUCAGGUUUAUAAACCCAAGGGAUUGGUUUUUCAGUUUAGCACCUUCACAAGCAGGCAACAAACAGCCGGCCAACUUGAACGAUUCCAAGAUACGUUGCGAGACGUAUUUGGUCUUGGGAAUGAUCAUCCAAACAAGGUACUCUAUCUACCUCAGGAACAAACUAGUGUGAUCCUUGAAAAAUUUGCAUCUCAAAUGAUGAGGUUUGAAGGGAAAGCUGAUCGGAGGGCGGAGGAUCAAGCAAGAAGAACGUUUCAUGUGAAUUUCGACGUUUGGAAGUCGGUAUACGAUCAAAAAUUAGGUCAUGGUUACGAUUUUGACACAAAAAUCGAGGAUAUCUUCUUGAAAAACAGUCCCAUACCAUCUACCACGGGGCACAAAAAAGGAGAAGGAAGCAAGGACCUAGAAUUCAUAAAAGAAGAAAUCAAGGAACUAGGAUAUGUUUACUUAUUAUUUGUCGACAUGAUUACAACUAUUGCCCCCCCACUUUCUCACGAGCUCCCCACAUUAUCCAAACAAGAAUUUUUGACCAAAGCUGCUACUCAAUUUGAAAUUCGUACUGAUUCCUGUCUGAGGGACAAGCCAAGUGAACCCCCCUUGGUCACCAUGCGGACCAUUUGGCAAUUUAUUUCGUCCUGGAUGGCACUCGAUGAUCAUUAUGCAUCUUCUCCAUUGCUUCGAGAUGGCCGUAUCACUAGGGAUGCUAAACUCUUCUUUAACUUUUGUUUUGGCUAUUCCAUUCAGACAUUAACCAGUAGAAUACAAUGGUCAUUUUUAUGA